AUGUCGGUGGUCUACCUUGUGACAGAAAUCAUUUCCCUCGUGUUCGCCGCACUUUCAUUCCUCUCAAAUAAUUAUAUCAUAUAUUUAUUCUUCAGAAAACGAAUACCGCACAGUGAGACAAUGAGAUUAGCGUUGUAUUUAGCAUAUUCCGAUCUUGGAUACGCUAUUGCGGCACUAAUUCACAUUGGAUAUCUUGCGAUAAAUUGGUCAUAUUACUAUCUCAAUUAUAAUCCAUAUUUCAUUAUAUACACGAAUGCAUUUUUGCCGGCGUUUCUCAAAAUGAUCGCUGUUACAAGUUUGUCAAUGGCGGCCGACCGAAUAUUAGCGAUAUUUGUGCCAGCCUAUUAUAGAAGAGCCAAUCGGAUCACCUACGCGAAUGCAACAUUGGCACUUGCCCUAGCCCUUUUCACAUUCGAUUUUGUUCUUCAAAUUGUCACGGCGAAAUUCGAAUGGAAUCCCAAUUGCGGAACUAUGCAAUGCUUUGUGAAUCGACAUUUUCUCAUCUAUGUCGGAUAUUCGAAUACAGUUGUUGGCCUUCUCAUUUUUGUCAUUAGUAUUAUAGUAUUUUGCGGAUUGUAUCAUAUGCAGAAUUUGCGAAAGGUGUUCGAAACGGAAACGACUGGAAAAGCAGCGACAAGUUUCCGGCACGCGAAUCGUGUUACUAUCGGCAUAUUGUUCAGUUCUCUGUUUUUCGUUACUAUUCCUUCUUUGUUGGUGACUUUAUACGAGAAUAUCACUGGAAUUUCGCUUUUCGCCAAACUCGGCCCAUUUUAUAUUUGUGCCAUUUUGAUCAAUGGAUUCGCUGAUAGUUUGGUCUUCAUUAUUCUGAAUGUGUUCGUCAAAGGAAAACGAGUUCGAGGUGCAAAAUCAACGGUUUUGAGCAUGAGCAGUGUUAGAAACAAAUAG